AAACGGUGAUCUUCCUCAAUCAUUCCACGGUCGAGCACUAAGAGGGAGACAGAUUCCAUUAGACACAGGUGAAGGACGAAAUCUGACCGUCAUUUCGCCGUCAAGAUGAAAUGGUUACUGUUAUUUGUCGCCACAGCUGUACUCUUUGCCUGCUGCCAAGGAUGCAGUCAGGGCUAUGAGCAGGUUGGAGACAACUGCUUGGCCUUCCACCUCGGCUCUGCAUACAACUGGACAGAGGCGGACGAUGUGUGUAGUAAAAUGUACGGCGGCAUCUUGGCUUCGGUGAAAAGUGCCUCCGACCUCAGAGCCAUCUACGAGUACAUUAAUACUUAUGGACUGACUGAUUCCUUCUGGCUUGGCGGGUCUGACCUUGCGGCUGAGGGUGACUGGGUGUGGCUGGCUGACGGUAGUAGAGUCUCCAAGGCAACUCCUUUCUGGGCUCUUGCCAAUGGUCUCUUCGGCUACAUCCACGAGCCAUCUGGCGGCAAGGAACAGAACUGCCUCCUGCUGGACAAGAGGAAGAAGUACUUUUUCAACGACGAAGAUUGCAGCGCGUACCACCACCUCAUAUGCAUGCAAAUGUAGUUCAACCCAGAGAACCAUCGCCACUGCGUCCCUUAUCCACCCACCCACGUCUUGAUAUUAUGUAACAUGAAUUAAUACCAACAUUA